AUGGCAGUUUCUAAGAAGACAGCUUUGGCAUUCAAGUCCUACCAGAACCAUGCUCAGGUCCUGGUUAAAACCUACCUUUUAGCAGAUGCAUUUAUGCCCUACACCUCUGUCCUAGGUGGCAUAUUUGCUACUAAAAUGGUUUAUGAUCUUACACAGUUGAUAAGCACUUUUUACUUCAGAACCUAUGCUGGCCUUACAAAAAUUCAGCGGAUUGAAUGGAACAACAGGGGUAUGUCGUCUGUUCAUGCCAUCUUCAUUACAGCAAUGUCUUUGUACUUUGUGUUCUGGUCAGAUCUUUAUUCUGAUCACUAUACUGUGGGUCCUGUUACUUUCAGGAGCUCACCACUCUCCACAUUUGCAUUAGGGGUUUCUGUUGGCUACUUCCUAUCAGACCUUGGAAUGAUCAUUUGGCUAUAUCCUUCUUUGGGUGGAUUAGAAUAUGUUGUUCAUCACACACUUUCAGCAAUUGCAGUAGGAUAUGCCAUGUUUACAGGAGAAGGGCAGCUUUACACAUUCAUGGUCCUUAUAUCUGAGUUAACAACACCGGAGAUCAACUUGAGAUGGUACCUAGAUACAGCUGGUUUAAAGAAGUCGAGUGCAUAUCUGAUUAAUGGUGUGGUCAUAUUCUUUGCCUGGAUGGUGGCCAGAAUUUUGCUGUUUGUUUAUAUGUUUUACCAUGUGUAUUUGCACUACCAUCAGGUGAUUGAGAUGCAUCCGAUCGGGUUUCUUUUGGUGUUUACGGUUCCAUCGGUGCUUGGAGCCAUGAACUUGAUGUGGUUCGGGAAGAUUAUAAAGGGGAUGAUGAAGACUUUGGCAAAGAGGCAGUAAUUUUCAAAUUAUCAUGUCAACUUGAUUGCUGUAUAAAAAAAAUUGCUAGAAGAAGCAGAGAGAGUGAGAGAAAUAGCAAGGUAGUGUGUUGUAAAUCAUCUGGUUAAAAAUGUUGCUGCGUUUCUUUCAAGUUUUUGGUAACGAACACAAAUUGCAAAAGGAGGAGGAGGAGGGUGUGUGGAUAUCUUAAAUCUGUUUCGAUAUACUUUUGAUAUUUUGAUUUAACAUACAUUAUAUUUAUCAUACGGCUAAAUGCAACAAACAACCUACUCUUACUCUUAUUUAUUUAUUGUUUAUUACAACAUUUUGCAG